GGGUAGAGCAGGUCCCCUUAACCUGUGCUUGGGAGCGGGGAGGUAAAGGGCAGCAUGUCCCAGUAGGCCCUCCCCUCCCCUCCCCGCCCCUUCCACAGGCUCCGCCCAUCUCCGUCUAGCCUUAGGAGCAUACCGCGGCACUAAUCUCAAGUCCAGCUGCUUUUAACCCUAGCCGAGAUCCUACUCACCAGACUGCAUAGCUGUGGAAGGAUAGGAGGAGCAGCCUGUGUGGCCCUGGGCUGGAGGUCACCCUCGACCCUACGCAUUGAUACGCCAUCCGGGAAGCUGACACGUGCUGUGUGCCUGAUUGAGGAGCCCUCUGUAAUGACCUCCGGGGUUAGGGUUAGGGUCUGUGUCACCUGUCACUUCCCAUCCUGUGUCAAGUAGGGACGUGGGCAGGAAGCACGGGGUAGCCUGGCUUUCCACCAGCCUUUCUGGUUUCUCCCUCGCACCCUGGCCUCCUCGGUGCAUGGCUGUAGUGCUCCACCUUCUCAGCGGCAGCACUGAGGACCCCGAGUACUGACCCAAGUCAGCUCCAUGCGCCUGUGUCUACAACCAGGCUCCCUAGGCAUGGAGCCCUUCUUCCGGAAGAGGCUCACUUUCUUGUCCUUUUUCUGGGAUAAGAUCUGGCCAGCGGGUGACUCGGAGGAAGACAUCCCCCGGAUCCAGGGACUCGAUGACAGCCCAGUGCUGGAGCAGCCCACUGCCGUUGAGACUUGCAGCUUUGCUGCCCCACGCGCCCGACUCUUUCGCGCGCUCUACGACUUCACUGCUCGGUGUGCAGAGGAACUGAGUGUCAGUCGUGGGGACAGACUCUACGCCCUCAAGGAGGAGGGUGACUACAUCUUUGCACAGAGGCUUUCUGGUCCACCCAGUACGGGACUGGUUCCAGUCACCUACCUUGCCAAGGCCACCCCUGAGACGCCCUCAGACCAACCUUGGUAUUUCAGCGGGAUCAGCAGGACUCAGGCCCAGCAGUUGCUCUUGUCUCCUGCCAACGCGCCAGGGGCCUUCCUCAUCCGGCCCAGUGAAAGCAGCAUCGGGGGAUAUUCUCUGUCAGUCCGGGCCCAGGCCAAAGUCUGCCACUACCGCAUCUGCAUGGCACCCAAUGGCAGCCUCUAUCUGCAGGAGGGCCGACUCUUCCCUAGCCUGGAUGCAUUGCUGGAUUACUACAAGACCAACUGGAAGCUGAUCCAGAACCCUCUGUUACAGCCCUGUAGACCCCAGAUGCCCCUGGCUCAGGACGAAUGGGAACGGCCACGCUCAGAAUUUGUUCUUCGGAGAAAGCUGGGUGAAGGCUUCUUCGGGGAGGUGUGGGAAGGCCUGUGGCUGGGCUCUAUACCUGUGGCGGUGAAGGUUAUCAAAUCAGCUGACAUGAAACUGGCAGACCUCACCAAGGAGAUUGAGGCACUGAAGAGCUUGAGGCACGAGCGGCUGAUCCGGCUGCACGCCAUAUGCUCCGUGGGUGAACCUGUGUACAUCGUUACUGAACUCAUGGGCAAGGGCAACUUGCAGGUCUACCUGGGCAGCCCCGAGGGAAAGGCUCUGAGCCUACCUCAUCUACUGGGGUUUGCCUGCCAAGUAGCCGAGGGCAUGAGCUACCUGGAAGAACGCCGUGUUGUUCACCGGGACUUGGCGGCCAGGAACGUGCUGGUGGGAGAUGACCUCGCCUGCAAGGUGGCUGAUUUCGGCCUGGCCAGGCUGCUCAAGGAUGAUGUCUACUCCCCAAGCAGUGGCUCCAAGAUCCCUGUCAAGUGGACGGCUCCCGAGGCAGCUAAUUACCGCAUCUUCUCCCAAAAGUCAGACGUCUGGUCCUUCGGCAUCCUGCUGUAUGAGGUCUUCACUUACGGCCAGUGUCCCUAUGAAGGAAUGACCAAUCAUGAGACACUGCAGCAGAUCAGUCGUGGGUACCGGCUGCCACGCCCGGCUGCCUGCCCAGCAGAGGUCUACAUGCUUAUGGUGGAGUGCUGGAAGGGCAGCCCCGAGGAACGUCCCACCUUCGCCACACUGAGGGAGAAGAUGAAUGCCAUACACAGGCGGCUCCAUCCGAGCCUCACGUGACCAAGUCUCCAGCCCCACGUGCAGCAGUUACAGUAAACUGCUUCCUGGAGGGCGUCUCCCAUGGAAACACUUGUCACCCACACACAUGGGAGAUGCCGCACAACUGGGAAUGGCGACUAGCCUCAGGGAAUCCAACACUGGGUCUCCUUCACCGACAUAGGCUGGUACCAGCAUGUGCACAGCAGAUGGACUGACGGACACGUGCGAACUGGGCCUGGUCAGGUCAUGAGCACUUACUUAGAAAUGAAAGCUGAUGUGCUCCUCUCGGCGUAGUUUGAACCCCUGGUGUCUCCAAAGUGUUGAUAAAGGAUAGAAGAGGAGAUGUGAGGACAUGCUGGGCAAAGGAGUACCAGCAGAGGCAGCAAUUUCCUCCCUGCCCUCCCCACACCCUGGGCUCCCUCAGCUCCCUCCUAGGAUCAAGGAUGAGAAGCCUGAUUUCUCUCGUCUCACCAGUGCUAGGGCUCCCAAGCAUGUCUCCCCAGUACAGGCUGUGUACUCGCAGGGGGCAGCAGCAUCCCCUGCCCUCACCCACUGCCCCCACAGGUACUGCCAAACCCUAGGCACACAGAGUCAGCUUCAAUAAACAUGCUCCAAUAGAUUCA